AUGGGUCUCAAGGCGCCCAAGAUAACGGUGGACCCCAGCGCGCUGAAGCAGGGCAUCUGGGGCAACACGUGGAAGGAGUGGGGAUGGAUCCUGCUGGCCUUCACCAUUCUGUACGCCUUCUUAGGUGGCUACCUGACGGGCAUGCUGUAUGCCGCGCUGGGCAUCCGCACAGACGCCUAUCGCACGAUGAGCGGCAAGUACUUUGGCCCCUUUGACCGCGCCCUGCUGAACGCCAGCAUCGAAACCCUGCCCAGCACGGGCGGCGUCAAGGACCCAGACUACUUCAACCGCCCAGACGGCUGCGUGGCGCUGGAGGAGUCUGUGCCCCUCAGCGCCGACUUCCCGGGCAUCAACAUCACCCAGCCCACCGGCAUCCUGGCCUGCAGCAACUCCAACAAGCAGUGGCGCUGGACCGUGUACCCUUGGGUGCUGGAGACGAAUGGCCUGGGCAACUACCCGGGCUGCGCCAACGCCGCGGGCGCCGCCUCCACCGCUUACACCUACCUCUCUAAUGAGUCGCCCGCCGGCGGGGACGCCGCCCCAUCCACCCCCGCCGCCCGCGCGGCGCUGGUCUGCCAGAACAACCUGCCCGCCACCGCCCUCUAA